AUGGCUCAAACUACUGAGGGUGGUGCGACUGAAGAAGUGGAGAAAAUCCUUUUCAAUUUUAUGACUAAUGAAGAGGUGAAGAGGCACAGUGUUGUAAAAGUUAUCAAUCCACUUUUACUUGAUGGUUUGGGACGCCCAACACCUGGCGGGCUCUACGAUCCAGCCUUGGGCCCUUUUGAUGAAAUAUCUUCCUGCAAAUCAUGUGGUCAACGCGCAUAUAACUGCCCUGGUUAUUGUGGUCAUAUUGAGCUCGUUUCACCAGUAUACAAUCCCUUGCUCUUUCAUGGGCUCUACAAUCUAUUACAGCGAAUCUGUUUCUUUUGCUUUCGGUUCCGAGCCGAUAGAGGAGAGGUGGAUAGAUGUGUAUCUCGACUGAAACUCAUUGCAAAGGGUGAUGUCAUUGGGUCAAGAAAUUUGGAUUCCACAGAUUCACCAAACUUGGAUGCCCCCGAGGACAGUGAAGGGAGCCAUGUAUCCCAUGGUAAUAGAAACCCUGGUGCUGAAAUUCAUUUGGAGCCAAUGGAACAAAGCUCUUGGGAUUCUUUUCAGUUUACCGAAGCUAUGUCUGUUUUAAACAAAUUUCUUAAGCCGCGGACUGCCAAGUGUCCUAACUGCAAAGCUAAAAAUCCAAAGAUCACGAAACCAACUUUUGGAUGGCUAUAUCAUGGUCUUUCAGGCGUUGAAAUACGUGGGAACAUAAUUAAAAGCUAUGGAUUAGAUGGUUUAACAGGUGGAUCUGAAGAAAGGUCUGUCUCUGAAGUUCUGAAUGAUAAUGACUCUGCAUGGGAGAAUGAUCAUGAAGCAGCAGAAUCUGAUUCCUUUUCCACCUUCUCUGAUGGAACAAAAAGUUCCAGGGUUACAAGACCUUCAUUUGAAACUAGUGUGUCACAGGUAUUCCAAAAACAUAAGAAUACCUUUUCUGGACCUUUGUUACCAACUGAGGUUAGAGAUCUUUUGAAGCAUCUGUGGGAAGCUGAGGCUUCCAUUUGUUCAUUUAUUUGA